AUGACAUCCAACGGCGCAGACCCGGCGGGCGCCACUGCCAACCCCACGCACCUCGAGCCUUCAGAGCUGGGAACCAGAGAAUACCCCAGUCCGAACCUGACGCUUACCCUCCCUCUCUCUUCCUCCAGCUGGGAUGCCCUGUACGAGACCGAAAUCGCCAACCACGCCGCCGACCCGUCCGACACGGGCACCAACUGGUUCGACGACUCGGGCGCCCAGGACAAGGUGCUCGAGUUCCUGGCCGAGCACUUUGCCACCGCCGCCAACGACGAGGAGGCAGGAGCAGAGGGCAAGGCAAUGGGCAAGGACACGGCCAGCUUCCUCGACCUCGGCACCGGCAACGGCGACCUGCUCUUCGGCCUGCGCGAGCACGGCUGGCGCGGCCGCGCCCUCGGCGUCGACUACAGCGAGCGCAGCGUCGAGUUCGCCCGGCGGCGCGAGGAGGCGCGGCAGGAGCGGUUUCGGGGGGAGGGCGGCGGCGGAGAAGAGGAGGAAGAAGAAGAAGGGGAGGGGAACCAGCAUGGCGAAGACGAGGACGAGGUAGAGGAGGCGCGGGAGCCCGUCGAGUUCGCGCGGCACGACAUCCUGGCGGCGGCGGGCCCGGACGCCGCGGUUGUGUCGGGCGCGCAGGCGCCGGCGGGUGCGCGCGGCGGCUGGGAUGUGGUGCUGGACAAGGGCACGUUCGACGCCAUCUCGCUGUCGGCGGCGACGGACGCGCGCGGGCGCCGCAUCAACGAGGGCUACCGGGGGCGCGUGCUGCCGCUGGUGCGGCCGGGCGGCCUGUUCCUCAUCACGAGCUGCAACUGGACCGAGGAGGAGCUGGAGCGGUGGUUCGCGGGGCCGCAGCACGACGACGGAGAGGCCGGGGCCGGGGGAGCGGGGGCAAGGGGAUGGGGGUUCGACGUCGUGGACCGCAUCCAGUACCGCACCUUCAGCUUUGGCGGCGUCAAGGGCCAGACUAUCAGCAGCGUGUGCUUCCGCAAGGUUGCGAGAGAGUAG